AUGACGAGACUCGUCCCCGUCGUCCUUGUCCUCUUUGCUGCCCUGUUUUCCGGCCAAGCCGCCGGAGAUCUCAUCUCCACGGUUUGCAAGAACACCGAUUACCCUGGUUUCUGCGAGUCCACCCUCCGUAAGUUCACGGGAUCCCCCUACGCCGACAAAAAACGCCUAGCUCAGAUGAUGUUGAUGUCGGGCGCCCUCGACGAAGCCACAUCCACCUUGAACGUCAUCAUCAAACUCCUCGAAGAUCCCAAUAUUGGUCAACUCAAAAAGGAGAUUCUGGGCAGCUGCCGACUUGGCUUCGGCCUGGCCGUUAAUUCGGACGCCAACGCCGUAAAAGACUUCGACAGUGGCUCGUACGCCGAGGCUGCGCGUGAAGUUGGUUCGGGAGCUGAUGCUGGAAGUGCUUGCGACGCGCUGUUCAAGAACGCCGGAUUAGACGGCUCGCCGGUGCCGGACGGCGGGUUAAGGCACCGCCAACUCGCUGUCGUCGCCCAACAACUUAUCAAACAGCUGCCUUAA